CUUUCUUUGAUUUUGGAAGGGAAUGUUUACGUUUUGUUUAAAAUUGAAUUUUUACUUAUUUUGCUAAUUUUGGGAGAUAAUAUUAAUGGACGAAUUACGAGGACCUAGCAUCCAAAUAGUUCUCCAUGUGAAAGAAGGCCUCGGCUUUGGGUUUUUAAGAACUCCAUUUAUCGUAAGCGGUUCACUAAACGGGUAUAUUUUAGAAACCGAUCCUACGGUGCCUACGCAUGCUCCAAUCUUCGAUGCUGAACUUGUUUGGGAAGCAGAUAAACGAAGGUUUAGAAGCCUCCGAGUUCAAAAUGUUCCCGUCAAGGUUGAAGUGUUCAGUUUGGGCACACAAGGGAAGAAGGACAAGAUUGGUUACUUGCUUCUCAGUCUGCUUGGAGCACAGCCGUGCCCGUCCAACAAGAUUGUUGAUGUAAAGCAUGCUUGGCACAGACUUCUCGGCGUGCGAUCUGAAGGCAAAUGUUGUCACCCGCAGCUGCUGUUGAGCCUCACUGUGGAAGACAGACUGAGCACUCCUACACCUAGAAACGAACUCCGCAUGUUCCACAGUAAUGAAGUGGCGUACCCGCGUUUGCAUUCAACAACCAACACGCUGUCGGGCAAAUCUGUACUCCUCACGCUUAAGGAAUACAUAGCGGAGAGCAAGAAGACUGUCUCCUCGCGGGAUUUAGAACCGCAUCUGGUUUCAGAGGAGGGGCUCAUACAGAUUGGAAGUGGAAAGCAGCUUUUUGUCCUCAGCCUGACCAUAGCUUCCGUUGAAAACUUGGACUUGCUUCUUCCAGACACCAUGGACAUCAGAGAGACGGUGCAUUGUUGUGUCACAUACUCCGUGUUCACUCACAACAUUAUGACUGACAGAGUGGGCGUGAGCACGGCAGGCUCUGUCCCCGCCGCCCAGUUCAACCAGCGCACGUGGCUGCGGCUGCGCGCGGCGCUCGGCGCUCUCACGCGCUACUUCGCUGAGUGCCCGCACUUGGUCAUCAAGGUGUGUGCGGGAGAUAAGGAUAUUGGCAUUUGCAGUGUGGAUCUUCGCAAGUUGGUCCCUACAGAUGACCUAACACAGUUCUUGAACAAGUUUUGUAACAAAGAUCGCGCGUUAAGUAUAUCUGAGCGGUGUUACAUACUGCGGUGCGAAGGCGGCCUUAGGGAGCAGGCGAGGCGGCCUUUUGUAGACAUCGAGAUUAGUUUGAAGUUUGUAGGGAUGCAGACUGAGAGACAGAAACCGUGCAACUUGACAGCUCGCAGUGCAACCCAGUUGGAAACCAAUAGAAAGGUCCCUGAACAAGAUCCCGUGUUGGAGUGUAAAAGCGGGAGUUGCGCGCACUUCGACCAGGAAGUGGGUGGGGUGGCAUACACCAACGUGGCUAGAAGUACUGACAGAUACACAAAUGCGUCAGGCGAUGCGGUGUUGCAGACUAACGAAAUAGCGGAGAUGAUAAAGAAAAUGUGCGAAUCGUUUGCUCAGAGUCAAGAGAAAUUACUCGCUUCUCGCUUCCGGCCCAUGACGAGCGACAUGCAGGUGCAGUGUGACGCAGAGGAUGGACAGACUGAUAAGAAAGAAGGAUCCACCGAUAAUGUGUCUAGAAAAGAGGAUGAGAACGUCAGAACUGAUGACAAGUUUGCCGGAGAGGGUCGGGUGACGGCCAGGGAAGUGUUGUCUCAGAGGUUGAUAGUGGAAGACAUCACGUCUAGAGAUGAUAAUGGCAUUCAGAGGGAUCCAAUUAGAAUAGAGACAAGCAAAAGUGAUUCUUGCAUUAACCACAGUGAAAAAGACAUGGUAAAGCAGUUGAUAUCGGCCGCGGACCGCGACGCCAUCUUACAGAAGUUUGUGGACGAACUCGAAGACUGGAAGGAGAAACAACAGCAGCUGUUUACGUGUCAGCUCAAACGAAAAGAAGAUUAUCACUUAGAACUCCUCGCCAAAGAGUGGGCUAAGAAGCGUACGGAGCUAGAGUGCAAGCUGAGUAAGGGAAUCGAGCAGUGUCGCAACCUCGCCGCGGACCUCAGCCGCGCCACAGACGACUUCCGGUUGAGGGGGUACCGGAACACCGAACGAGAGAAAAAGUUGAUAGAAGCGAAGAAGUCUCUAGAAGCUCACUACACGGCCAAGUUCCAGGAGCUGCGCGCCGCGUCUCAGAGGAUGGAGGCCGACAUGCGGCAUCAGCUCACGGGAAGGGACUCGCGCAUUGAGGAGUUGGAGCAGAAGGUGGCGCAGCUGGAGAAACAGAUUGACGUGCUCAAGACAAAUUUGAAGAACAACGAAAAAGAUGCAGAGAGUAGAUAUUCCGGCCUGACGAAGGAUCAAACUGCUAGUCUUAUUCAAGAACUGCGUUGCCUAGAAGAGAAGCUAGACACCGCGGUGCAAUCCAAGUCGUUCUUCAAGGAGCAGUGGGGGCGCUGCGUGCGGGAGUUACAUCAGCUCAAACUGACCCAGCGGCGGUUACUACUCGACCGACUGAGGCGGGAUAGAAGCCGAUUAAAGGAACAGGGAUUGGACCCGAUUUCGGACGAAGACGAGAAGUUGCUGAUGGAGAACGACGUGGAUUUGAAAAAGCUGAAAGACGACUUCUACGUGGACCUGCUGGCCAACACCCCUGGCCUGGACACCAACUCUAUACUAAGUAAUUGCGGUCCAGGCGGAAUGGAAAUGUUCGAAGAUUUGAAGACAGCGCCAAAGAACCCUUUAAGCGAGAAACUCUCUUCCCUAAUCUCUCAACGGGAGCAGCUCAUCCAGGCAGAGAGUCCUGACGAGGAGGAGCUGAGGCAGCUCAACCAACACAUCCGUUCAUUGCUGCUACAUUGUGGAACUUGAUGUUAUGAAAAAAUAGCACUUGGAGGAUAAGGGGGACAUAGCAUACAUUGGUGAUAAGGGGAAAUAACAAAAGAGAUUUCGACGAAAUAUUAAAACUAGAUUAAUAAAACAAAUAAAGUGGCUUUUUGUUCUAAUCCGUGAAUCUAGUUGAUCGAAGGGAAAUAAGAUGCACUUGAUGAUUAGAGCGAAGAAUAGAGACUUGUUAUGGGAUAGUGACAUUUUUAUUCGCAUCGAGAUUUUUAGGCGCGUGCAAAAUGCACUCAUACUUUUAUCAUAAAUGUCU